CAAAAAACACUUUUGUGACCAAACACGGAAGUAGUUCAAAGAAACUCCCGCGUAGUUUUUUCAUCGUUUGGAUAAGCCAUGUGCCUUUGUUGGAGGUGCAGUGUGUUUACAACCGAAUGACUGCGAUGUCUAAACUAAAGAGGAAGAAAUCAGCGAUAGAGGAGAGUAAAUGCGAGCAGCAGACGACGAUCAAAAAGUCAAAUGGCAGUCUAAGUGCAGAACAGGACAGCAGCUGCAGCAAAACAUCUACAGGCAGGGCGAGAUGGUGGGAGAGUUCUGAAUUAAGUGAUGUGGAGAGACUCUGGGCUCUUACCUUGAGAGCUUUUUGCCCAGCCCUGCAGUCUGAUCAGGAAGAAUGUAUUCCACAGCUCCCCCCACCCUCAUCCACGAAAACUGUACAAAAAAUAAGUGAUUGGAAGUGGUGCAGUGCAGAUGAAGAUGUCAAUCCCCCUCUGAAUUUGCCCGCUCCAUCUUUCCUCAACAACCCACAACCAGUGAAUGUGGUCAAGAACCCCUCACAACCUCCAGCAGCAGAGAGCAUGGGAGAAUGUAGUCCACCAGCCAUCGCUGAUCAAGAGAAUCAUGCAUCUUCACCUGAUCAAGAGAGUGGGUCAGUAUGUGACAUACAAACUGCUCAGCAGCGCCACCUAGAAGACAAUUGGGUUGAGGGUCAUGAAUUGUCAGACGGACAGAGUGACAAAUUUGACCAAGUGGGGAAAGUCACAAAAGGAUCUGGACCAGGGAAGGGGGUAAAAACAGGUGCAGGCGGAUCUGGAUCAUGGUUAAGAACAGUAUCUGAAGCAGAAGGAUCAGUAUCAGGCAUGGGAACAAAACAAGGAUCAAGUGGAUCUGGAUCAGGACAGAAAGCAAAAUCUGGAACAGGAGGGUAUGGAGCAGGUCAGCGAGCAAAAUCAGGAGUAAGAGGAUCUGGAUUAGUGCUGGGAGCAAAAUCUGGAGUGGGAUUAGAUGUAGAAUCUGGAGCAGGGAAGGGGGUAAACACAGGCGCAGGAGGAUCUGGAUCACGACUAAGAACAAUAUCUGAAGCAGUUUCAAGCAUGGGAACAAAACUCAGAGCAAGUGGAUCCGGAUCAGGGCAGAGAGCAAAAUCAGGGCUAGGAGGAUUUGAAUCAGGGCUGGGAACAAAUUCAAGAGAAAGUGGAUCUGGAUUGGGGCAGGGUACAAAAUCUGGAUUGAAUUUGGGGCAAAAAUCAGCGACAAAAGAAUCUGGAGCAGCAUCUGGAUCAGGACUGGGAACAAAAUUAAUAGCAGAAGGAUCCGGAACAGCAACGGGAACAGGACUGGGAACAAAAUCAGGAGCAGAAGGAUCUAGAGCAGCAUCUGGAACAGGACUGGAAACAACAUCUGGAACAGAAGGAUCUAGAGCAACAUCUGGAUCAGGACUGGGAACAACAUCAGGAACAGAAGGAGCUGGAUCAGGACUGGAGUGCUGCCCAAUGUGUCUGAUGCCAUUUCCUGCAGGGUUCACCCAAAUGCAGUGUGAUGGUCAUCUUGCACAAUGUUUAUCAGAGAUGAAUGAAGAUAUUAUUUGGUGAUGAUGGAAUGAGGAAAUUCUGUUAUAUCUUUUUAGAUACUUGUGUUUUCCUUCAUGAGCCUGCAAAGUAUUACUUUAAUGUGGCACUGCGCGAUUAAUCACAUGCGAUUGUCAUGCAUGUCUCUUUAGUAAAGCUGGUUCUGUGAUUAGUACUAAUUAUCCAUCACCUGUUUUCAAAUGGAGCAGCACUUAAUAUACAGAUCCGUAGUUCGCUGACAAGCUACGCAAUAUCGCGUUUAUAACUGAAUGUGAUUCAUCUGCCGCUCCAGAGCAGGUGAUGGAUAUUUAGUACUAAUUGCGAUUAAUUGUGCAGCCCUACUUUAAUGUUUUGAUUACUGUACACUGUAAUUGAUAUACUUUAUACAGAAGACCUGGAAAGGAAAAAGAUUUGCUGAAAAUGUACUCUGCCUCAGGCCAUCCAAGAUGUAGAUCAAUUUGUGUCUUCAUCAAAACAGAUAAAUGUAGCCAUACAUCUAUUGCUCAUCAAUGGAUCCUCUGCAGUAAAUGGGUGCCGUCAGAAUGAGAUUCCAAACUUCUGAUAAAAGCAUCACAAUAAUCCACAUCAUUCAAGUCCAUCAGUUAAUCUCGUCAAGUGAAAAAAGCUGCGUGUUUGUAAUAAACAAAUCCAUCAUUACACGGUUUUAAUUUUAAACUUUCACUUCUGGUCCAUAGUCCACAAUAACACUUCCCCCAGUGAAAAAGUCCAUCCCAUGUUGUCCUCUCAAAUCAAAACCCCAUUGACAUACUUAUUUAGAACUGUUUUAGAUAGUUUCCACUUCUGUCAAACUGUGUUUGAUCGGUGCAUAUUUCUCUCCUGAUUCAGAGGAGAUUACCCUUUCUCAGGAAAAAGCAAUAAUAUGAAUAAAUAGCCUGGUUUGAAAUUUAAAACGUCUUAAAUGUGGUCUUAUUACAAACACACAACUUGUGUAUUACUCACAUUAUUUGCGGAUUAUUGUGAUGUUUUUAUCAGCUGUUUAAACACUCACUCUGACGGCACCCAUUUACUGAAUAGUGAGUAAGUGAUGUAAUGCUAGACUUCUCCAAAUCUGUUGAGAUAAAAGAAACAAACUUGGAUGGCCUUUUCACUUUUGGGUGAACUUUUCCUUUAUAUACUUCUUAUAAGAUACGAUUGGUCAAUAUGCAUUGUGCAAUAAAAGACAGUGCUCUCCCACAAA